UGUAGUUUUAAAUUUUAAACGUAUUCAAAAGUUUUAAAAUUUGUCGUGUUAAUAACAUUAAAAUGGAAGUAGCAACCAUCGAAAAAAUUGAAACAAAUAUUGUAAAUAGUAGCGAAGCUAGUACGGAAGCUGAAUCGUUCGAAAACUUGGACCUUGAAGAGGAAGAGGUAUUUUUCCAGGACAUCGACUUGCUAGUCGAACAUGGCAUUGCUGAAGAAGACAUAAAAGCAUUAAAACAAAUGGGAAUUAACACUAUCAAAGGUCUUCAAAUGACUGUAAGAAAGAAUCUAUUAAGUAUCAAAGGUUUUAACGAUACUAAAAUUGAUAAAAUCAAAGAGGCUUGUUGCAAAGUAGCAUUGAACACGGGUUUUAUGACCGCUUUAGAAGUAUGUGAUCAAAGAAAACAAGUAUUUAAGCUACCUACAGGCAGCGCAAACCUUGACAAAUUAUUAGGUGGUGGCAUUGAAUCUAUGUCAAUAACGGAAGUAUUUGGUGAAUUUAGAACUGGGAAAACUCAGUUGUCACAUACUUUGUGUGUUACAGCUCAAAUGCCUGGAGAAAAAGGUUAUAUAGGUGGGAAAGUUAUGUUUAUUGAUACAGAACAUACCUUUCGACCUGAACGGUUACGGCCUAUAGCUGAAAGGUUUAACUUGAAUCAAACCGCUGUUUUAGAAAAUAUUCUUUACGCUAGAGCCUAUAAUUCAGAACACCAAUUUGAACUCUUGAAUAACGUUGCUGCGAAAUUUCACGAAGAAGCAGGAAUCUUCAAACUGCUAAUUAUAGAUUCCAUAAUGGCGCUAUUCCGCGUAGAUUUUAACGGUAGGGGCGAAAUGGCGAAUCGGCAACAGAAACUUGGUCAAAUGAUGUCGCGUUUACAGAAAAUCAGCGAAGAAUACAAUGUUGCCGUUUUCGUUACUAAUCAGAUAACCUCUGAUUUUACUUUAAUUAAUGCCGAACCGGAUUUGAUGAAACCAGUUGGCGGGAAUGUUUUGGCGCAUUCUUCUACUACUAGGCUGUGUUUGAAAAAAGGAAAAGGAAAUAAGAGAGUAGCUAGGAUUUACGAUAGUCCCGAUUUAGAAGAGGACGAGGUCAGCUACGCCAUCACCAGUGGAGGUAUCGAUGAUCCUAAAGAAUAAAUAAAUGUUUCUGUUCCAUCUUGAAAACAAUGAGGUUAUAAAAGUAUUAUUAAGAUUAAAUUUAUUUAUUAAUAUUGAUCUAUGAAUCCAGGUGCUAAAUCAAUAAAAUACAUUUAAGAAU